AGCAGCUGAUGCAAUGGUAGGUGAGAAAGAGGAGCAGAAUUCUCAGCAGGAAAAUGUCGAGCAAGUGGAUAAACACAGAGAAUUAUCGCAAAGAUCAAAAAGAAGUGUGUCGACGAGUCAUGAGCAGAGAAAAUCAUGCAAGACUCAGCACACACCAGAAAGAGAGCAGGGAAAGCAGCCAGGAGAGAAAAUGGGUAAAUUUAUUUUCUGUCGGGAAACUCAGAAGAGCGUCAUGGAAACCACUACACAGCAGAAAAUCCUCGUGGGAAAGAAGAAAAAUACAUGCACUGAGUGUGAGAAAAGCUUCUCUAGCCGCUUAGCCCUUUCUCGACAUCAGAGAAUCCACACAGGGGAGAGGCCCUAUAAAUGCAGUGAGUGUGGGAAAGGCUUUAUUACCAGCUCAGCCCUUUCUCAACAUCAGAGAAUCCACACAGGAGAGAGGCCUUAUGAAUGCCGUGAGUGCGGGAAAAGCUUCACUCACAGCUCAGUCCUUUCUAAACAUCAGAGAAUCCACACAGGGGAGAGGCCCUAUGAAUGCCGUGAGUGUGGGAAAACCUUCACUUGCAGCUCAAACCUUACUGGGCAUCGGAGAAUCCACACAGGAGAGAGGCCCUAUGUGUGCCGUGAGUGUGGGAAAACCUUCACUCACAGCUCACACCUUCUUACCCAUCUCAGAAUCCACACAGGGGAAAGCAGUGAUUGUGGGAAAAACUUCAUUCGCAGCCAGCAGCUUAUUAGCAUCACAUUUAUGCCAUUCCUCCUAUUGCAAAAUUAUUGUUAGUCACCAAUGAUGCAGACUCUGUCAUUGCCAGUUGUUCUCACAUUGCUGUGGGUUGUGCUGAAGAGCAGUUUUCAUGGGAACUUUUCAAAUUAUAUUUAAUUGAAGAGGAGCAAGG